CGCAGGGUCUUCUGGGGCUGGUAGUUUGGCCAAGCCUUCCGGGCCGAGCUGUCAGAGAUGGCGGCGAGGAGGAUGAGUGAGAUGCGGGACCCGGGGGCCCUGUUCGAGGCUCACAGCGCGGAGGAGAUCCGGGCCCUGGAGAGGAAGGUGCGGGCGGAGAUCGAGCACAAGAAGGAGGAGCUGAGACAGAUGGUCGGGGAGAGGUACCGAGAUCUGAUCGAGGCGGCCGAUACUAUCGAGGAGAUGAGGAGGAGCGCCGAGCAGGUCCUGGGAGCUGUGCGGGGCCUGGAGACCUACUGCGGGGGCCUGAAGGCCAAAUCCGCCGCAAUACAUAAAGGGAAGAGCGCAGUCCAGUCACAGGAGAGAUUCUACUGCAUGGCCGCUCAGAUCAAACUUCUGCUGGAGAUCCCGGAGAAGAUCUGGAGCUCUAUGGAGGCCUCUCAGUAUCUGCACGCCACCCAACUCUACCUGCUGUGCUGCCACCUGCACUCCCUGCUCCAGCUGGACUCCUCCACCUCCCGCUACAGCCCCGUCCUGCAACGCUUCCCCAUCCUCAUCCGCCAAGUGGCAGCAGCCGGAACCUUCCGCUCCACCAUCCUGCAGGAAAGCAAGGCGCUUCUGAAAUGUCCGUCGGUGUCGGACCAAGCCGUCACGGAGGCGCUGUGUUCCAUCAUGCUGCUGGAGGACAGCUCCCCCCGGCAAGCUCUGGCCGAUUUCCUGCUGGCGAGAAAGGCCGGCAUCCAGCAACUGCUCAACCAACCUCAUCACGGCUCCAGCAUCAAGUCUCAGGUUUGUUCCCUGGUGGAGCUUCUGGCGAAUACGCUGUACCAGGCCCACGCCCUCUUCUACACGGCGCCGGGUGACGUGCCGCCCAAUCCUUCUCUGAAUUCCGGCCUCUUAUUCUCUAUGUUAGGGACGGUGACGGCUCAGGACGGAGGAGGGAAAGGUAUUAAGGUUCUGAGGGAGGAAAUGAAAUCUGUCGGCUGGUUUAAGCACCUUCCGCAGUCCGUUGUGGGCUUCCAGCCCACGCUGAGGACGCUGGCUCAUCCCAUCAACCAGGACUACCUGAGGGAGACUCUGCAGCAAUGGAUCAGCAUGUGCAAUGAGGAUAUAAAGUCGGGUAUCUCCGCUCUGCUGGUCUAUGUGAAGAGCCUGAAGGGUCUGGCGGGUAUCAGAGACGCCAUUUGGGAGCUGCUGACCAGCGAGUCCAUGAGCCAGAAUUGGGACGUUGUGUGCCAGCGGCUGCUGGAUCGGCCGAUCCGCUUCUGGGAGGAUCUGAUGCAGCAGCUGUUCUUGGACAGACUUCAGACUUUGAUCAAGGAAGGUCUGGAAUCCAUCUCUAAUGACUCCGUACAGCUACUGCAGUCUUCUCUUCAAGAGCUUGAAGGGAAUACGGAAGCCUUGAAACACACCCAUUACGAGGGUAAUAUCUGCGCCUUCUUGUGGGCCGAAAACCAGAACGACCUGCCACCGGACGCGGCCUGGGUCAGCGUGGCAAGCCGCAGCGCCCAGUGCCGGAGCGCCUUGUCUCUGAAGGCCCAGGCCGUCACUCCAUGCGUCCUGACCUUCUGUCAAGCUCUAGACUCCAAACUCAAAGUCAAGCUGGAGGACCUUUUCUCCUACCUGCCGCAGGAGGCGUCCGACCAGCAGAGCAAACCUGCCAUCACGGGACUGAAACUCUCGGCCUUCGAUCGGUAUGGAGACGCUAACACGGUGCAGGAGAUGCUGAGCCAGCAUUGCCUGACCUGUAUGCAGCACAUACAGGACUCCGUUAAAGUGCAGCUCCAAGCGGCAGCCGAGACGGGGCUAGCCAGUCGGGGCGACGGCCUCCUCGGCUCCCAAGUCGCCACUGUACUUUUCUUGGCCAGGCUGUGCCAGUCACUCGGUGAACUGUGCCCGCACUUGAAGCAGUGCAUUCUGGGUAAAUCUGGUAGCCUGGAUAUCAGCACGAGGGAGCCGAGGUCUACAAAAAAGACCGGCAAGGGCAAGCAGCCUGAUAAACCUCAGAUCCGCUGCAAGUGGCAAGAACUGAAGGACAAGCUCAUCAAACAGUCCCUGGAUGCCUAUUCUAUCUGGAGCUCAGCCGUGGUGCAACACCUAGUCCGUUCCUUCACACAGUCCCUUCUGCUCAAUGCUGCGGGUUCAGCCCUAGCUGCUGCCACCCAUUGGGAUGAGAUUGAAAUUCAAGAGGAGACAGAGGCAGGAAGCAGCGUGGUGUCAAAAAUCCUUCUGCCGGGACAGUGUUCCUGGUAUGUCCAGCCGCUCCUCUUCAACCUGUGCCAAGAGGUGAACCGUGUCGGAGGUCACACCAUCCCCAAAGUCACCCUGCAGGAGCUGCUGAGAACCUGUCUGGAGGAAGUGAUCAGCGCCUACGAGAAGCUGUGCCAGGAAAGCACGGGAAAGAAGAAGCACGGCUCGGCACUCACACAGGCCCGGGCCCUGCAGCUCCUCUUUGACCUGCGUUACAUCUGGCUCAUUCUUGGCUCUCGUUCUGAAGAUGGAAUGACCAGCAAGAGCAAGCCGGACUCCAGAAUUCAGCAAGUCGCAGACCGGUUGGAGAGCUGCAUUGACCCAUUCGAUCUGGACGUGUUCACACCUCAUCUGAACGCCAACCUCAACCGGCUGGCACAGAGAACAUCUGUCCUGUUUGGACUUCUUACCGGAGCAGAGAGUCAGUUUACCAGCCGGAGCUCCACGCUGGGCAUCCAGGAAACCCACAACGUCCUUCCGCUGGCCUCCAGUCAGAUUGGGUUUGGGCUGCUUCCUCUCAGCAUGUCUAGCUCUCGAAAGACGAAGUCAGCGGGCGGGACAGCCGAUCAAGUCAAAAUGCUGGAACCGGCGACCGCUCCCCAGCCGGCAGAGGACAGCUUCCGUCCGGGCUCUUUAUUCCGACAACUGGCCACACAAGAUGAAGACCUGCAGGCGCCCUCCUACUUCAAACUGGGCUGGCUGUCCAGCAUGACCAAGUGCCCCCCCCCCCGAACCUUGCCGUGCUCCUCCCCCAUGAAUGAAGAACUGACAAUGACACAUUUUUAUUUUAACGUAUGGGCAGACCAAGGAUGCCAAUCACAAGAGUCCACCACAGCAAAUCAUGAGAAGAAGAUGAAGUCCAGGCCGAUCCUAACCACUGUCCACCAUUAUACGGCAGCACCCGAGCUUGGCUCCCAGGCUGAUGAGGAACAUGCUGACCUCACUAGUAUGUUGCUGUCCCUUGACCGUCCAAUCACGGGCUUGGGGGGCCAAGUUGUGUUACUUAACUACAGCAGAGGACAUUCAGGGCCCUGGGCUGGUGCCUCGGAUAUCUGCUCCUUCAUAACAUGUGGCCCAAAUGUACCCAAAAACAGAGAUCUGAUCAGCGUAUCACGGACACCAUUCAAGGGCGGACUUUCACCUGUGUCCAGAAGCAACUUAAACCGGUCAUACAACCCAACACACCACACCCUGUAA